AUGACAAUAUCGCCGCCCGAGGACCUCGUCUCAAGCCUGCUAUCUAUCAUCGAAAAGAGCAUCAUACCUCUGACGCAGAAAGGCGUCUCGAGCGGCUCUAAACUCUUUGGGGCUGCCAUUAUCGCUCGCAAAGACCUCACACCAUACACUCUCGCUACUAACAACGAACGCAUCUCACCCCUUUUGCACGGCGAAAUCAACUGCAUCCAACAAUUCUGCACUGUCGACUUCCCCGAUCCUUCAACGCGACCUCAUCCCGCCAAAGACUGCAUCUUUCUCGCUACCCAUGAGCCAUGUUCGCUAUGUCUGAGCGGCAUCACAUGGGCGGGUUUCAACGAGUUCUACUACUUGUUCACGUACGAAGAUAGCCGGGAUCUCUUCGGAAUCCCGUACGAUAUCGACAUCUUGCAAGAGGUGUUUCGGGUCCCAGGGGAGGGCGAGAGUGAAGAGCAGGUACAAAGCAGGCAGCUCUACAAUCGUAAGAACAAGUUCUUCACUGCGAAGAGCUUUGUCGAUGUUGUCGGGGAGAUUGAAGAUGAGAGCGAGAGGAAGCGGCUACUGGGUGAGAUCGACAGGGUCAAAAGUCUUUACAACAGCCUGAGCGAGACGUAUCAGAAAGGCAAAGAGGCGGGUGCAGAAAGUUCAAGUGUGUGGAAGUAG